AGAGAGAGAGAGAGAGUAUGCAAGAGAGAGAGAGAGAGAGAGAGAAACGAGGAGAACACGCAUCAAGGGUCAAUGACAACAUGGGCAAACGACCCAACAGAAUAAUCUGUCUUCGUACAUAAGUUAGCCAAAUGAAAACCAAGAAAAGUAACCCAUUUCUUUAAUUUGCUUCCUGAUCCUUAUUAUCAUCAUCACAAUAAUCGUCAUUUCUCAUUUCUUUUUCAAUUAUCCAGACCAACCAUAUAUUCUCAGCACCAAACAAAUAGUUAGAUGACAACCCUUUUGAUUUCUUGCCCUUUUCCUGGUGCAAUUUGAUUGAUAAUCCUUCAAAGAGAGAAAAAGAUGAUGACAAUGGAAGGGAUGAUGGAUGAGGGGGUGUUGGAUGAUAUAAUAAGGCGGCUGUUGGAAGGGAAAGGUGGGAAACAGGUGCAGCUCUCGGAGGCGGAGAUCCGCCAGCUCUGCGUCAACUCCCGCCAAAUCUUCCUCUCUCAGCCCAAUCUCCUCCAGCUCCGUGCCCCUAUCAGGAUCUGCGGUGACAUUCAUGGACAGUACCAAGACCUUUUGAGGCUCUUCGAGUAUGGUGGAUACCCCCCUUCAGCAAAUUACCUUUUUCUAGGUGAUUAUGUUGAUAGAGGCAAGCAGAGUCUGGAAACAAUAUGCUUGCUAUUGGCUUACAAAAUAAGGUAUCCUGAUAAAGUUUUCCUCUUAAGGGGAAACCAUGAAGAUGCCAAAAUCAACCGUGUCUAUGGAUUUUAUGACGAAUGCAAGAGGAGAUUUAAUGUUCGGCUUUGGAAGAUAUUUACUGACUGCUUUAAUUGUCUGCCCGUUUCUGCACUCAUAGAUGAAAAGAUACUCUGCAUGCAUGGAGGACUUUCUCCAGAGCUGGAAAAGGUGGAUCAAAUUAAUGAACUUCCUAGGCCUACUGAGAUUCCCGAUAAUGGUCUCCUGUGCGAUUUGCUCUGGUCUGAUCCCGAUCCUAGGAUAAGUGGUUGGGCUGAUAGUGAUAGGGGCGUUUCGUGUACUUUUGGAGCCGAUGCAGUUGCUGAGUUUUUGAAGAAAAAUGACUUGGACCUCAUUUGCAGAGGUCAUCAGGUUGUGGAGGAUGGGUAUGAAUUCUUUGCUAAAAGAAGAGUUGUCACGAUAUUUUCGGCUCCAAACUAUGGUGGAGAAUUCGACAAUGCUGGUGCUCUUUUGAGCGUUGACGAAGCACUAGUAUGUUCUUUUGAGAUACUAAAAUCUGCAGCAAGCAGUUCGAAGACACCACUGAAAAAGCCUCCUAAAGCUGGAGCCCACUGACAGACCACAAAUUGUAUAUGAAAGCUUGUCAUAUUGAGUAGGAUAAACAAGAAUGCAUCAUAGUUCCCGCUUUUUUCUCUGUUCAUAGCUCUUAAGGGUUUUUGGAGGUGUGUUUCGAGCUUGAGACGUUUUAUCAUCAGAACGACUUACCAAGCAGAAGAUCUGUAAAUUGGAGAAAGAACCCUGGUGACUUCACUUGGUUGACCAGGUACCCUUAUAGCGUUGAGAAAUUUAAGCAGCGUUUGUUUAUUGCAUUUGGCUAGCUAAAAUCAAGCAAGUGUGGAGAAAAUAUAAAGCAGUGUGUUCUCUUAAUACCAUUUUGUAUAUCCAUCACUUCUGACUACUGUAUGCUUCUCUCCGUAACACACUUGUCGUUCCGGCUACGUUCAUAAGCUGUAUUUACAAGUAUUAAUUUUCAUAGGAGCAAUCACAACCUUCAUUCUAGUCGGACCUGUAUGUGGUCUAUUGUAUCUGGAUGGUUGUGUGCUUAGCUCAGGAAGAACCUUGUGAAGGUUAACAUGGCUUGGUUUUUGUCCCCUCUUCUUAUGCUUGCUUUGCUUUCUUUGUAGAUAGUUUCUGUAACAGAAUUAAUUAUUAUCAAGAAUUACAACAAAGAGUCGAACAGGA